AUGGCCAUGUCAGGUCCAAGAAGAACUAAGAUCGAGAAGAUCGAACAUCUGAGUAGCAGGCAAGUCACCUUCUCCAAACGCCGCAAGGGGUUGUUCAACAAGGCAGAAGAUUUUUCACUUAGAUGUGGCGCAGAGAUUGCGGUCAUAGUUUUCUCCAACACCAAAAGGAUGUACGAGUUCUCAAGCACCAGCAUGGAGCACAUUCUUUCAAGAUACAACAAGGAGCGUGCCGCCGGCUUUUUGAUCGAGUCUCCAGAAAAUAAGAGCCAACAUGAGCCGAGUUCAUCAUCCGAUAGUUUGAGUGCAAUAGGGCUACUGCAGGAAGAAAUUAGAGCCCUAAACUUGGACUGCUCGAGAUUGACGGGUACGGAGUUGGAUGGCAUGAGUUUGAGAGAGCUGAAUGAGCUAGAGAAAAAAAUAAGGGAAGGGAUCGAAUCAGUUGAGAAAAGGAAGAAUGAAGUGCAAAACUACUACCAGCCCUCGUAUAUGCUUGAAGAUUCAAACCGUUUGGAUGGGAAUAAUAGCAAUUUUUUCUCUGGUACAAGCUCAAGUGCCAUUUCAGGUUGUACUGAAUCAGAGCAAAGUAAACAGUUUGUAGAUACUUGUUUGCACUUGUGA